AUGAGGGAGAAGACCAUGCCGUACUCAGAGACGACGCCUCUGCUGGAGGUGCGGGUCGCUCGCCAGCGGCACCGCUACCCCCAUCACUCCCUUCGGCGCGCCUGCACCGUCUUCCUGGGCGCUGUGCUAUUGGUCGUCCUCAUCCUGUUCUUGAUUCCCGAAAGCAUUCUACCAGGAGAACAUGGCUCGAUCUGGUCGUAUUUCCCCGGGUCCCAUUCUCUGCCUCAUCCAGCCUGGCCCGAGGGCCAUGGAAUGCCGUACGAUCAGCUCCAACAAAUCCUCCUCAACACUCCAUCGGCCGCCAAGGCCCGCGAGUGGAGCUCCUACUAUACAGCAGGACCUCAUCUAGCGGGCAAGAACCUCAGCCAAGCUGUGUGGACCUUAGAGAAAUGGAAAGAGUUCGGUAUCGAGGACACUACCCUCGCGUCCUAUGACAUCUACAUGAACUACCCACUGGACCACCGCCUAGCGCUACUGAAGAAGUCCGAUGACAGGACAGACGUCACUUUCGAAGCGACUUUGGAAGAAGAUGUGCUAGACGAAGAUCCUACUUCUAGUCUACCGGAUCGUGUCCCCGUUUUCCAUGGCUAUUCAGCUAGCGGGAACGUUACCGCGCAGUAUGUGUACGCCAAUUUCGGCACCUAUAAGGAUUUCGAGGCCCUAGUCCACGCCAACGUAUCGCUAGAGGGCAAAAUCGCGCUCGUCAAGUAUGGACAUGUCUUCCGUGGGCUGAAGGUUAAGCGUGCGCAGGAGCUGGGUAUGGUCGGCGUGGUCAUUUACAGUGAUCCCCAGGAAGAUGGACCCAUCACUGAGGAAAAUGGCUACGCUGCCUACCCGGAUGGGCCAGCGCGGAAUCCCAGUGCUGUCCAGAGAGGAAGUACGCAGUUUCUCAGCAUUCUUCCCGGUGAUCCCACUACGCCUGGAUAUCCAUCCAAGCCCGGGUGCGAACGACAGGAUCCUUACAACUCUAUUCCUUCGAUUCCAUCACUCCCAAUUUCAUAUAAGGAGGCUCUCCCAUUCCUCAAAGCUUUGAAUGGGCAUGGCCCUAAGGGGGCGGACUUUGAUACUCCGUGGGUUGGUGGCCUCGUCUACAAGGGCGUCGAUUAUAACGUUGGCCCAUCUCCUGAAGACGUUGUGAUCAACCUGUACAAUGAGCAGGAAUACGUGACCAAUCCGGUAUGGAACGUCAUCGGCGUCAUCAAGGGGUUUAUCCCUGAUGAAGUUGUGAUUUUGGGUAACCACCGGGAUGCUUGGGUUGCCGGUGGCGCUGGAGAUCCUAACAGUGGCUCUGCAGCAUUGAAUGAGGUUAUUCGCAGCUUCGGAGUGGCCCUUAAAGCUGGAUGGAAACCACUACGCACUAUUGUCUUUGCUAGUUGGGACGGUGAGGAGUAUGGUCUGCUCGGGUCGACCGAGUGGGUUGAGGAGAAUAUCCCCUGGUUGUCGAAGACCAACAUUGCGUAUCUGAACGUGGAUGUCGCGGCAUCUGGCACACGAUUUGGACCUAGCGCUAGUCCUCUGUUGAACAGAGUCAUCUACAACGUCACUGGCCUUGUGCCGGCCCCAAAUCAGACCGAGGGCCAAACUGUCCGUGACAUUUGGGACGGACACAUUGCAACCAUGGGCAGCGGUAGCGACUUCACUGCCUUCCAGGAUUUCGGCGGCAUUGCCAGCGUGGACUUUGGCUUCGGCCCGCAACCCGGAGGCCCAGUGUACCACUACCACUCGAACUACGAUAGCUUCGCCUGGAUGGAGAAGUUCGGCGACCCCACAUUCUCGUACCACUUGGCAACCACCAAGCUGUGGGCCCUUGCCGCUGCGCAGCUAGUCGAGUCUCCAUUGCUCGCCAUGAGUGCCACAGACUACGCCGUCGGUCUGGAAAACUACCUGGACACCGUCGAACCAGUCGCGCGUGGCGAGGGCAUGAGCUUCGACUUCGCACCCCUCUACAAGGCCAUCUCUCACUUCCAGGAUGUCGCAGCCAAGUUCGACGCGUAUGCCCAGGAUCUGAACUCCCAGCUCGGCGACCACGUCCCCUGGUACCACUGGUGGAAGAAGAUGAAGUUGUACAUCCAGAUCCGGGUAGCGAACGCCAAGUACAAGGGCAUCGAGCGAGCAUUCUUGUACGAGCCCGGUCUGGACGGACGUGACUGGUUCAAGCAUGUCGUCUUUGCUCCUGGCAUUUGGACUGGAUACUCGGGUGCGACGUUCCCGGGAUUAGUGGAGAGUUUCCAGGCUGGGGAUACGGCGAAUGCGAGGAAAUGGAGCUCUAUCAUCCUAGAGCGGAUCAGGGCGGCCGCCAAGUUGCUGGAGUAA